UGGUGACACAGAAUCGUGACCAUGCUCACCCUGUAAUGACAAUAAUUGUCCCGACGAAAGUCUGGGAACAUAGUAUAAAAUCCAGGCGCAUCCUCCAGUUCAGCAUCAGUCACCUGCCGUCUCCUCCAGCAAAACAACCACCUACAGCCAUGAAGUUCCUUUUGGUUAUUGCCGCUACCGCUUGCGUGGUUGCUGCCACCGAACCAGAGCCCGCCAAGGUGAAAAGAGGCCUGGGCGGGUUGGGCUUCGGUUUUGGAUCUUCAGGACCUGCUAAUGCUGGUGGAUGGAACCUGCCGACCGGCGGUUCUGGCUGGGCUGGCGGCUGGCCCCAGCAGAGGAGUCCCUUCCGCGGAGCCUUCGGCCACUCUUUCUCCAACCCCCUGUCCAUCGAGGCGGCCACGGCCACCCUGAUGCACCAGCAACGCCGCGCCGAGCAGGAGGCCGGACAGAUCCAGGCGCAAAAGCGCGCCGAGUGGGAGGCCGCCCUGGUGCAGCAACGCAAGCGGCUGCAGCUGGAGAACGCUUUGGCCGAUCAGCGAAAGCGCAACGACAUUGAGACCGCCCUUGCCCAGGAGCAGCGUCGUGCCGAACUUGAGGCCGCUCUGGCCCAGAGGAUCGCCGCCGCGGCCGCCGCCAGGGAGGCGCAGGCCGCUGUCGCCCAGAAGAUCGCGGCCGCCAAGGAGGCCAUGGCCAUUCAGCGCUCGGCCGCCGCUGCUGCCGCGGCCACCGCCCUUUCGCCCUCCUCCCCCAAGUUUCCUUUCCAAUCUUAUUCCCAGUGGUGAACCAACCACUUCUCUUUUUCUUUAAUUUCUGUUGUUUUCUUAAAAUUGUUAAUUAGUUUGUAGGGCAUUGCAUAAUUGUGACGAAAUGUUGAAAUAAAAUUUUGACUGUUGCAU